CCCGCCCACUUAGUGACCACCUACCUAUAAAAAACAAAAAUACCACCCUUCCCGUUCAAACCGACUUCUGGCCUGCAGUCACAAUUCAAAAGUGACAAUGUUUAAAAUUAUACUCGUGGUAAUUUUCUGCUCCUCAGUGAGAAUUGCGUGUGGAGAGGAUUCGAGUGGACCGCAACAAAUAACGGUUGACGAAACUACCACUGAUGCUAACAACUGUGAGUGCUCCGUUUUUAACACCUCGGAGCCGAGCCCGGAUCACCCACCGAUCAUGAUUCAAAGCGUCCUUCACGUUGAGUGUAAUGAAGAAGGCAAAGCCACCUGCACCGCCCUGUGUAAAGCUUUGGCGCUCGCCGCCCAUGAAAAGUCGCCCAAAAUCCUCUGCGCCCAUUUGGGAGAUUGCAACAAUUUCGAGGUAAUAAUUUCGGGGUGUUAAAAUGUGUAACUAACUAGCGUGUCUUAGGCUUUUCUGCACAGCCGCAUCUGUGGUUCCGAUUGGCAAUUCACCGGCAUGAAUCGUGGCAAUCUGUGCUGUCAGAAAUCUGAAGUAAUCGAAUGCAAUCAACAGAAUUAAUAUUUAAGCUGUUUACUGUAUAAGUUUAGUAUGUAUUUUUAAGUUUUGUUUAUUAUUGAUAUUUUGAUAAGUACCUAAAUGUUGAUGACAACCUGGCAAUGAGAAUGUAUACGAUUUUGGAAACAAUAAAUAUAGUGCGAAA